AACUUUUCAGUGUGACACCAAGCGGAAGUAAGCAAGUAAACCGCUAGCAGCGUUAGCUUUUUGAAUGUGUUCAGUUGGCGGGAGGACGGCGGUGUGGCUAUAUCUACCGUUAAAUGUUCCACUUGUAACGAAGCAGCGAUGUCUUCGGUUCAGUAUCUGAAAGAGUUCAUCAACCAGCGACUAACUGCUGCUGCUGAGGAGAUAUUCAGAGUUUUGGAAAAAACCAUCGUCGAGUACGAAGAUGUGGUCGACCGUCAGCGCAAACUGCUGGAUAAUGUUUGGCAACCUGAAAUGGCGUUAAACAUGACAGAUCUCCCACAGCAGCAUGUCUGUAAGGAGGAGGAGGUUCUCACUGACCAGCAGCUCUGUAACCAGGAGAGGAACUCCAGUCUGGACCAAGAGGAACCACUACAGAUUAAAGAGGAACAGGAGGAAAUCUGCAGCAGUCAGGAGGGAGAGCAGCUUGUACUGAAGCAGGAGACUGAUACAUUUAUAUUGACUUCUGAUCAUGAGGAAACUGACCACAGUGAACCAGAACCAGACAGUGACCACCAGCUCCUCUCUCACAGCUCUCCUGUAGCUGAGAGUCAAGAUCAGAGAGGAAGCAAACAUGAGGACUCAGGAUCAACUAGAAAUGCAGAACCAAAGCCACAGAAGAGACGACGCAAAAACAGGAGUCACAGUGAUAAUGAAUACAACUCUCCCAUGUCAAAGAGUGACUCUAAUACUCAGAGAAGUGAAAGGCCUUUCAAAUGUGACACUUGUGGAAAAGCCUUUAAGCAGAAGUGCAGAUUGAACAAACAUCUGAAAACUCACACAGGUGAGAAACCAUAUUCCUGUGAAACAUGUGGGAAAAGUUUUAUAUGUAGCGGGGACCUGAAAGUCCACAUAAGAACUCACACAGGCGAGAAGCCGUUCCUGUGCAACACCUGUGGUCAAAGAUUUCGUUACAAAUCAACAUUUAUCAACCAUAUUAACAAACACACAGGUGAGAAGCCACAUUCAUGCAAAAUAUGUGGGAAGAGUCUCAGCAGUAGAGCGGGCCUGUUAAGCCACGUGAAAACUCACACGAGUGAGAAGCCGUAUAUUUGCAACACUUGUGGUAAAAGAUUUAGAGGAUCUUCAGCGCUGAGGAUGCACAUGAGGAUUCACACAGACGAGAAGCCAUUUACUUGCGAAACAUGUGGGAAAGGUUUUAAACGUAAUGGUGAUUUGACAAUCCACAAAAGACUUCACACAGGUGAGAAACCAUACUCCUGCAACACCUGUGGGAAAAGAUUCUAUCACCCGUCAAACUUGAAAAACCAUGAAAGAAUUCACGGGGAGAAGUCAAAUCACUGCAACACCUGA